GAGCCGAAGCUUGGGCUUCGGAAUCUAGGCGGUGCGCGCGUCCCCGGGGGUUACCUUCUUCGGGUGUUUCCGGAAUUCACCCGUAGUCCGCGGCCGAGAGGAGGAGGCGCGCCCCCCUCCCGUUCCUCGUCGCUUCGGAUGUUUCCGGCUGCUGCCGGCGGAAAGAGCCGAGGGCCGGCGGUGGUGGCGGCCAUGUUGGGAGCAGCAGGUCCGGCGGCGGCUGCCUGUGUGCCGGGCGCGGAGCAGUGCCGCUGAGGGCAGGGGAGGAGCGAGGCAGGCGGCCGGCUGCGGCGGCAGAGAGUAGGCGGAGCGGCGCGGCCCGGCCGAAAGGCGGCACAGCCCAGCCGGGGGUCGGGGGGGUGCGGUCCGGAGCCGCUCGGAGCCGGCGCGGCCUAGCCCGAGCGGCGCAUCCCCGGGCUGGCGUGAGCGGCUGCCCGGCCUCCCCGCACCCCCGGCCGGGGCCCAUGCGGCGGGUGCCCCUGCUGUGAGAAGCCCCGCCCGGCCGGGCUCCGCGCCUUCCCUUCCCUCCCUUCCUCCAAGCUUCUCGGUUCCCUCCCCUGAGAUACCGGCGCCAUGUCCAGCGCCCGGACCCCCCUACCCACGCUGAACGAGAGGGACACGGAGCAGCCCACCCUGGGACACCUCGACCCCAAGCCCAGCAGUAAGUCCAACAUGCUGCGGGGCCGCAACUCAGCCGCCUCUGCUGACGAGCAGCCCCACAUCGGCAACUACCGACUCCUUAAGACCAUCGGCAAGGGCAACUUCGCCAAGGUGAAGCUGGCUCGGCACAUCCUGACUGGGAAAGAGGUAGCUGUGAAGAUCAUUGACAAGACCCAACUGAACUCCUCCAGCCUCCAGAAACUGUUCCGCGAAGUAAGAAUAAUGAAGGUUUUGAAUCAUCCCAACAUAGUUAAGUUAUUUGAAGUGAUCGAGACUGAGAAAACUCUAUACCUUGUCAUGGAGUAUGCCAGUGGAGGAGAGGUGUUUGACUACCUGGUGGCUCAUGGCAGGAUGAAAGAAAAAGAGGCUCGAGCCAAAUUCCGCCAGAUAGUGUCUGCUGUGCAGUACUGCCACCAGAAGUUUAUUGUGCAUAGAGACUUAAAGGCAGAAAACUUGCUCUUGGAUGCUGAUAUGAACAUCAAGAUUGCAGACUUUGGCUUCAGCAACGAAUUCACCUUUGGGAACAAGCUGGAUACCUUCUGUGGCAGUCCCCCGUAUGCUGCCCCAGAGCUCUUCCAGGGCAAAAAAUACGAUGGACCCGAGGUAGAUGUGUGGAGCCUGGGAGUUAUCCUGUAUACACUGGUCAGUGGAUCCCUGCCUUUUGAUGGACAGAACCUCAAGGAGCUACGGGAGCGGGUACUGAGGGGAAAAUACCGCAUUCCGUUCUACAUGUCCACGGACUGUGAAAACCUGCUUAAGAAAUUUCUCAUUCUCAACCCCAGCAAGAGAGGCACUUUAGAGCAAAUCAUGAAAGAUCGAUGGAUGAAUGUGGGUCACGAAGAUGAUGAAUUAAAGCCUUAUGUGGAGCCACUCCCUGACUACAAGGACCCCCGGCGGACAGAAUUGAUGGUGUCCAUGGGUUACACACGGGAAGAGAUCCAGGACUCACUGGUGGGCCAGAGGUACAACGAGGUGAUGGCCACCUAUCUGCUCCUGGGCUACAAGAGCUCUGAGUUGGAGGGCGACACCAUCACCUUGAAGCCCCGGCCUUCAGCUGAUCUGACCAAUAGCAGUGCCCCUUCCCCCUCCCACAAGGUACAGCGUAGUGUCUCGGCCAACCCCAAGCAGCGGCGCUUCAGUGACCAGGCAGCUGGUCCUGCCAUUCCCACAUCUAAUUCCUACUCUAAGAAGACGCAGAGUAACAACGCAGAGAAUAAGCGGCCUGAGGAAGACCGGGAGUCAGGGCGGAAGGCCAGCAGCACAGCCAAAGUGCCUGCCAGCCCCCUGCCUGGCCUGGAGAGGAAGAAGACCACCCCUACCCCCUCCACGAACAGCGUCCUCUCCACCAGCACAAAUCGAAGCAGGAAUUCCCCACUUUUGGAGAGGGCCAGCCUUGGCCAGGCCUCCAUCCAGAACGGCAAAGACAGCCUAACCAUGCCAGGGUCCCGGGCCUCCACGGCUUCUGCUUCCGCCGCGGUCUCUGCGGCCCGGCCCCGCCAGCACCAGAAAUCCAUGUCGGCCUCCAUGCACCCCAACAAGGCCACUGGGCUGCCCCCCACGGACAGUAACUGUGAGGUGCCGCGGCCCAGCACAGCCCCCCAGCGUGUCCCUGUCGCCUCCCCCUCCGCCCACAACAUCAGCAGCAGCGGUGGAGCCCCAGACCGAACUAAUUUCCCCCGGGGUGUGUCCAGUCGAAGCACCUUCCACGCUGGACAGCUCCGGCAGGUGCGGGACCAGCAGAAUUUGCCCUACGGUGUGACCCCAGCCUCUCCCUCUGGCAACAGCCAGGGCCGGCGGGGGGCCUCGGGGAGCAUCUUCAGCAAAUUCACUUCCAAGUUUGUACGCAGAAAUCUGUCUUUCAGGUUUGCCAGAAGGAACCUGAAUGAACCUGAAAGCAAAGACCGAGUGGAGACGCUCAGACCUCACGUGGUGGGCGGCGGAGGCAACGACAAAGACAAGGAGGAGUUUCGGGAGGCCAAGCCGCGCUCUCUGCGCUUCACGUGGAGCAUGAAGACCACCAGCUCCAUGGAGCCCAACGAGAUGAUGCGGGAGAUCCGCAAGGUGCUGGACGCGAACAGCUGUCAGAGCGAGCUGCACGAGAAGUACAUGCUGCUGUGCAUGCACGGCACGCCGGGCCACGAGAACUUCGUGCAGUGGGAGAUGGAGGUGUGCAAACUGCCGCGGCUGUCUCUCAACGGUGUCCGAUUUAAGCGGAUAUCGGGCACCUCCAUGGCCUUCAAAAACAUUGCCUCCAAAAUAGCCAACGAGCUCAAGCUUUAACAGGCUGCCGGGAGUGGGGGGCGACGGAGGCGGGCCAGCUGGACUUAGCUGCUGGGGCAGGGCGCCAGCCCACCUGGGCGAGACUGCAGAGAUGGAUUGGUGUGUCUCCCCCUGCUGGCACUUCUCCCCUCCCGCCCUUCUCGGUUUUUUCUUCCAUGUGUGGCGGGGACGGGAGAUGGUUCUUCCCCCCCAACAUUUACCCCUGCCCGGAAAGUCCCCCUUCCCCCCUCUCCCCCACAGGAGGCAAAGGAAGGGGAGGGAGGGGUGGGGGGGCAGGGCUCCCCCUCGGUACUGCGGUUGCACAGAGUAUUUCGCCUAAACCAAGAAAUUUUUUAUUACCAAAAAGAAAAAAGAAAA